GCCAUUGUGCGGCCAUGAACAGCCAUGACUGGGGGGUCUGUAAGUGUGAGGUGAAAUCUGACAAUGUGCCCUUUGAGGAUGGCCAAUCAUUUGACCUGCGCAUCUCAGUGCUGGACAGUGAGUACCAGGUAAUGGUAAGUGGCCAACACUGCUACAGCUUUGCCUAUCGACUCCUGCCAGGGUCUGUGAAGAUGGUGCAAGUGUGGAGAGGUGUCUCCCUGACCUCAAUGUGUGUCUGAGAUUGAGGUGAUGACCACACUCCC